AUGGAAUCAUCACCAUCAGCAGCAGCGAUAGUGAGUACAAACGCCAACAUCAACAUGGAUCGAACAAGAAGAAAAAAGAAGAAGAAAUCACAGUCGCAACAACAACAAUCAAAACAGAACAAAAAUUCGCAAAGCCACGCCAAGUGGAAAACAGAUGCACAACAACAAAUCUACUCAUCCAAACUCAUCCAAGCCUUAAGCCAAGUCAAUAUCAACCCUUCGUCUUCAUCAGCUCCGCGUCAAGGUCGAGCCGUUAGAGAAGUUGCUGAUCGAGCUUUAGCUUUCGCAGCUAAAGGUAAAACCAGGUGGAGCCGAGCCAUUUUGACUAGCCGGAUUAAACUAAAAUUUCGGAAACAACAGCAUAGGAGACAGAGAUUUGCGUCUUCGUCUUUUUCUUCUUCUUCAGGAUCUACGGCUGUUACAACCGGGAGUAGCAGCAGGCCGUCGAGGAAACAUAAAGUGAGUAUUUUGAGGUUGAAAGGGAAGGGUUUACCGGCUGUUCAAAGGAAAGUUCGUGUUCUUGGCCGGUUAGUUCCCGGUUGCCGGAAACAACCAUUGCCUGUUAUUUUGGAAGAAGCUACAGAUUAUAUUGCUGCUUUGGAGAUGCAAGUUAAAGCCAUGUCUGCUAUAGCUGAGCUUCUUUCUCGCUCUAACUCCGGAGCCGGCUCUACUUCUGAGCCGAUGAGCUCCUGA